CUCGGCCCAAAAUCCGGGUCAGGUGAUGUUGCCCCUGAUUGACACUCGUGCAGCGACGAUCAGACUCUCGUGAGCGACCAGAGAACGCGUGCAAAGGUCCCGCUGAAACCAUACGUGAUACCUCCUCCCGCCCAAAGCAAGAUGGAACAAACUACUCCACCAGAACCCGAUCCGUCGCUUGUUCUCGAUGAAGAGAUAUCGAAACUCCGCUCUGAAAUUCAAAAUCUGACAAAGCGCCGACGGGUUUUAUCAGCCAGUCUGCUCUCCACCAAUGCAGUCCAGAGUGCUCUAGGACGACAAAAUGCGUCCGAUUCAAAUCCAAGCCUCGUCCCCGUUGUCUUGGACAGCCAGAACCACGCGCUUUCCAACCACCAUCGAGCUGUGUUUUCCACCACAUCGUUCCCUUUCAAGGACCCUUCCCCGCACUCCCGGUCGCAGAAUCUCUUGGGAAUACGUAUUGACAUCUGUACCCGAGGCGGCAGAUACUCUAAACCGUAUUAUCUCCUACUCAAACGUGCACACAGCGACCAAAAAUUGCUGCGAGUUCACAGACAUACCAUACCCGCGUUCAUUCCGUUAAAUCAGCUAGAAAGAAGGUAUCUCGCCGUGCCAGACGUCGACUUCGAACUUCAGCAAGCCUUAAAGGCAAAACCGGGAAAACAAGACCUCAAGAGGUUUGUUCGCCAGCUCAGACGAGAACUCGUUGCAUGGCACUUGCGGAGAGACGCUAUCGCGUGGCUUCGAGAGGAGCUGGGUAUUGACAAAGUCGAGUGUGUCAGGGAUUCUCAAGGGUCAGAUUCACUUGCCGUAAAGCUUGGAAUAUCGUCUAUAACACCAGCCUCACUUGAGACACGUUACCUCCGUUUUGAAUGGCGCGAUGGGCGUGUGGGUCAGAUUCAAUUGUCUAGUCAAGGGCUCGUCGAGCGCGCAGUGGUUGUGAGCAGCGAAGGCCGUGAUAUGACAACGGAAAAUCUGUUUUUGAGAGGCGAUCGUAGGAUUGAGACCGCGGUUCAAAGGCUACUCGAUGCGAACAUGACUGGCUAAAAGGGGG